AUGGUUAAACCUGCAACGCAGAGACGUCGUAACAAAGUUUAUCAGCAACAGCUUCAGGCCCAGCAAGCUCAACAGGCCCAACAAGCUGCUAAACAAAAGGAAGAUGAGAUUGGAGGAAUGCAUGAUGAAGCCGACGUUAUGUCAUUUCGUUCAGCAGCUACACAUAGAUUUUUGUUGAAUCAAGAACUGAUAGAAAAUGUGACAGAAAAGUGGGUGCAUACUGAUGCUAUAGUGAAACCAAAACCAUUUGCUCAUUUCCAAACCACAAAAGAGAAUAUUGACGAAAUUAAAGAUGAACUAUACUUUGGAAAUGUCAAAUUAAUGCGUCAAAAACUUGAAAAGCUUGAGAAGGAGUUGGAAGAAGUUAAAAAAGAACAAGAGAGUAUAGAUGAGAAAACCAAUAAUAAAAUCAUACGGGAAGUUGUUGAUCAAUUAUCCAAUGCCUUUGUCAAUCGUGAUUCUUCAAAUUUUGAAAAUUUUGAAAAAACAGUUCAAGAGAAGAUAAACAAACCACUAGUUGACCACCUUUAUGAAAUCAAAUCAUUCCCACAAAUCAAUAAUGAUACAGCACAAGCUCCUCCAAACUAUUGGGAGGAAUUGGCUAAAGCUAAAGAAGAACAAGCAGCUCAAGCAGCCGCUUCACUCAAUAACCAUCUUGUUAUGACAGAUCACAGUUAUAUGCAAGAACCAGUGCAAAACGUUCAAGAACAGCUACAAUAUGUGGAAGCACCACCUGCUUUUGGUAAUGAUGAUUUGAAUAUGAUGGAUGAUGUGGGCUUCGGCCUCCAUUCAACUCUUGAUGAUCAGGAUUUCUUGAGCCAGAUUGACCAUAGUAUGGAGUAG